UUCGAAAGGCAAACGCUUAGAGCCGCGCUGCAGAAUUGAUUAGCUGGGUUUUCCGAGGCAUGUGAGCCUACGAAACAGUCGGCUAGAGCUGUGGUUGGUUCCGAGUAGCUUUGGGAAGAGGCCGCAUUUUACACUUGAUCUUAGCCAAAAGGCCGAGAAGCGGUAAGAGGCCGCUUUUUAACAAACAGUAGGGCGAUAGCUGUGGUGAUGGAAGAGGCAUAGCUGUAUGGCAGCUAUUUUAAGGGAGAAGAGGCUUUAAUUCCAGCAGCCGGAAGGCGAGCCUCCAGUCAGCCGCUGUGCUGCUUUUACAGUUGCUGCAUCAUUCUGAAUCGCCAAUUAUGAUUACUCUAGCGGUUCAUCAUCUUAAAAUUGGGCAUCCUGCACAGUGGUAAGUAAUGAAGCCAUGCACUAACAUCUUUAGUAAGGGCGAGCCUUACCAACGUGACAACGUUUUGACGCCCGUCUAUUGGUGUUCCAGUAAGCUGGCGUCUCCAGAUUGGCCAAUCGCCUUGCAACUCCUAACCCACCCUCCGCCAUCUUAACAUUUGGCACUCCCCACAGUAAUAGAGUGCAGCAAAGCCUCUAGCGACCUUCUUGAUUGAGGGCAGAAUCUUGGGUGACGUUGCUGACGCUGCGCCCGGCGUUCUCCUAGACCCACGUGGAAUCCGCGCUCAGAAUGUUGCGUCGUGAGGCCCGCCUUCGCCGGGAGUACCUGUACCGCAAGGCCCGAGAGGAGUCGCAGCAAGCUGCCCAGGACCGGAAGGAGAAGGUUCGGCGCGCCCUGGAAGAGAACCGCCUGAUUCCCACCGAAUUACGCAGGGAGGCUCUGGCCUUACAGGGUUCCUUGGAGUUUGAUGAUGCCGGCGGUGAAGGUGUGACCAACCAUGUGGAUGAUGAAUAUCGAUGGGCAGGGGUUGAAGAUCCUAAGGUCAUGAUCACUACCUCCCGAGACCCCAGUUCCCGCCUCAAGAUGUUUGCAAAGGAGCUGAAGUUGGUAUUCCCAGGCGCCCAACGCAUGAACCGUGGCCGGCAUGAGGUAGGGGCACUGGUGCGAGCCUGCAAAGCCAAUGGUGUCACUGACCUGCUGGUUGUCCAUGAGCAUCGAGGCACACCUGUGGGGCUCAUUGUCAGCCACCUGCCCUUCGGCCCCACUGCUUACUUCACACUGUGCAAUGUGGUCAUGCGCCAUGACAUUCCUGACCUGGGCACCGUGUCCGAGGCCAAGCCUCACCUCAUCAUGCAUGGCUUCUCCUCCCGACUAGGCAAGCGGGUGAGUCUGGGUCCAUGGGGUGAGGGCUGGGGGCAGGGAGUUCCAGGCUGGGCAUUUGCACUCGCCUUCCCUCUGACCCAGGUCUCUGACAUACUCCGUUACCUGUUCCCUGUGCCCAAGGAUGAUAGCCACCGUGUCAUCACUUUCGCAAACCAAGAUGACUAUAUCUCCUUCCGGCACCACGUAUAUAGGAAGACCAACCACCGCAGUGUGGAGCUGACAGAGGUUGGACCUCGCUUUGAACUGAAGUUGUACAUGAUCCGCCUGGGCACGCUGGAACAGGAGGCCACAGCAGAUGUGGAGUGGCGCUGGCACCCAUACACCAACACCGCACGCAAGAGGGUCUUUCUGAGUGCUGAGUGAACCCACUUGCUGGUCAGGACGUGGACCUGGACCCAGGACUUGGGGAGGGGUCAGAAUAAAGUCCGUGUGCCACACCA